AUGGAAUACACAUCACAGGCCCUGUGGAUCGCCCUACCCGGCCUCGCUGCCCUACUAUUCGCAUCCGCCAUGGGUCUCUUCAACAGGAAGAACCACAUGCCCGUCGAUGGCAAGACCAUCCUCCUGACCGGUGCCUCGGAGGGAAUGGGCCGCAGCGUUGCGCUCCAGCUCGCCGCAAAGGGCGCAAACCUCAUUCUCGUCGCCCGCAACGCCGCCCGCCUGGAGGAGCUCGUCGCCGAGCUCAAGGCUGCCGCCAAGCACCCCGAGACCCAGCGCUUCAAGUACAUGACUGCCGACGUCGCCGUCGAGAACUAUGCCGCCCCCAUCGUCGCCGAGGCCACCGCCUGGAACGGCGGUCGCAGCCCGGACAUCGUCUGGUGCAUCGCCGGCAUGGCCACCACCGGCUUUUUCACCGAGGUACCCUUCUCCGCGACCCGCAAGAACAUGGAUGUCAACUUCCACGGCACCGCUGAGAUGGCCCAUGCUAUCCUGCGCGAGUGGCUCGCCCCCGACGCCCCCGUAGAGGACGAGCCGAGGCACCUGAUCAUGACCACCAGCGUCGUCGCCUUCUUCACCGUCGCUGGCUACGCCCCGUAUGCCGGGUCCAAGUGGGCCAUCCGCGGCCUGGCCGACACCCUCUCCCAGGAGGUCCUGCUGUAUCCCCAAAACGUCAAGAUCCACGUGGUGUUCCCGGGCACCAUCACCAGCCCCGGCCUGGAGAGGGAGAACGAGACCAAGCCUCAGAUCACCCAUCAGCUCGAGGAGCUCGACCCCGUGCAAUCGCCCGAGGAGGUCGCCCGGCUGUCCAUCAAGGGCCUGGAGAGGGGCGAGUACUUCGUCACCGUUGCGUUUCUGGGCAGCUUGAUGAAGUGGAGCGGCCUUGGCGGCUCUUUGCGAAACAACUGGGUGCUCGACACCUUCAUGAUCUGGGUCACCUCCUGGGUUUGGGUGUUUAUGCUGCCCGAUCUGUUGAGGCAGUGUAGAAACUAUGGCAAGAAGCAUGGUCACCCGGCUACCUAUGGAAAGCCGAAAUCGAAGGCGUGA